AUGGGUGCCCCGUACGCUGAUCCCCUCUGGGUAUCAAGAGGCCACAGCCCAUACUACCAAGAGAAGCAUGUUGCCUUGAGGAAAAAAGUCAGGUCUUUUGUUGAUGAGAAUAUCAUCCCAUACUGUGAGGAAUGGGAGACGAAUGGUUCAAUUCCUCAAGAGGUCAUUGUGAAAUUUGCAGAGAACGGGCUCAUGGCCGCCUCAGUAUUCCCUCUGGCCACUGACUACCUGGAUAGUAUCCAGCUCCCUGGAGGAAUAAGCCCCUCAGAAUGGGAUGAGUUUUGCGAUCUAAUCGUGAUGGAUGAAAUUGCACGGUGCGGCUAUCUUGGAGUUAUUUGGGGGCUCGCAUGCGGAAAUAUCAUCGGCCUGCCUCCCGUGGUUCGAUUCGGAACGCCGGAACAGAAGCGAAAGUUUAUUCCUGACGUCUUGAAAGGAAAGACUAGGUUCUGUCUCGGAGUGACUGAGCCGGACGCUGGUUCCGAUGUCGCCGGCAUCACCACUACAGCUACUCGGCAAGGAAACAAAUAUGUGAUCAAUGGUGCUAAGAAAUGGAUUACAAAUGCCAUCUGGGCGGACUACUGCACCGCAGCUGUGAGGACCGGAGGUCCAGGACAAAAGGGAAUCUCUGCAAUCGUUAUUCCGCUGACCUCUGCCGGGAUAACUCGGAAGAGACUGUUCAACUCUGGAGUCUCUUCUAGUGGAUCUACCUACAUUGAAUUUGACAAUGUUGAAGUCCCAAUCGAGAAUCUGAUCGGAGAAGAGAAUCAAGGCUUCCGAAUCAUCAUGUCAAAUUUUAACCAUGAACGAACCUGGCUUUCUUGUAUGGCUUUACGUCUUGCCAGAGUAUGCAUUGAGGAUUCGUUUAUUUACGCGUCAAGGCGCGAGACGUUUGGCAAGAAGCUUCUCUCGAACCAAAUUAUCAGGGCCAAAUUGGCAACUGUAGGGCGUGAGCUGGAGGCAGGUCAGACCUAUCUUGAGCAAUUGGUCUAUAUGUUGGCCCAAUCACUGCGAACAACUGGAGCAGAACCUCCGGGCAUUGGUGGUCUCCUGGCAAGCUCAAAAGUGCUUUCGUGCAGAGUACUAGAGCACGCUGUUCGCGAAGCCCAGCAGAUAAUGGGAGGUGUCGGUUACUCUAAGGGGGGAAGGGGCGGACGGGUUGAGCAAAUCAGCCGCGAUGUACGUUGCAUGGUAGUUGGCGGUGGAAGCGAAGAGAUUUUGACAGAGCUUUCUCUAAAUCAGGAGAUGAAAGCUUUGGGCAGCAAGCUGUAA